UGUAAAAUAUUAUUUUUUCUUAAUAUAAAAUAAAGAAAGCCAGGGGUGAUGGCGAUGCUGUUGGGCCCGAAGUGGCGCCUUGGUCGCCUCACAAAGCGUGCCACGCCCACAGCCGCCCUCCUAAUGCACCAAAGCCCCGAUGAAAUGACAGUGCUUGAAAUGCUGGGCUCCACCAAUCUGCGCCAGAGUACGCCCGAAGACUAUCGCAUCCUGCGCGAGAUCGUCAACUCCUUCGAGCGCUACUCCGGAGUGGGCAACGACAUCCAGUUGACCCUGGCCGAGCAUGCGGCCAACGAGCUGAUCAUGUGCGAGAAGACGCGGGAGUACGCGAAGGGCAUCAUGGACCCCUCGAAGUUCGUGCCGGGUUACCACAUCUUCCAGGUGCUGCACACGGUGCGGAAGUCGCCGCUCUUCCAGAUACUAAGCAAAAUGCCCAAGGGGGCCGCCCUCAAGGUGCACGACACCUCCAUGUGCAGCUUGAGGUCGGUGAUCGAGCUGACCUACCGGGAGAACCUUUGGGUCUGCACCACCCAGGACGGCUGCCGCGUGGAAGCGUUCCGAUUCGCCAAGGAAAAGCCCAAGGACGUGCAACACGCGGGCGGCGAGUGGCAGCCCAUGGAAAAGCUGCGCGAGUUGCGUGGCGAGAGGAACCUGAGGAAGUACCUGCUAGUGCGGUUCAGCAUGUACCCACUGGCCAGCUUCACGACCAACGCCCACGCCUGGCGCCACAUGAUGGGCAUCUUCGACCUGCUGGAUGGACUGCUGCAGUACGCCCCUCUGUGGGGCGACUACUACUACAACGCCCUCAAGGAGUUCUACGCAGACGGAGUGCAGUAUUUGGAGGUGAGAACGGUGCUGCCUCAGCUCUACUGCCUCGAUGGCAGCCUCCUGCCGAAGCGGCAAACGGUGCAGAUCUACAAGGACACUUUGGAGCAAUUCAAGAAGGAGAACCCGGGAUUCAUCGACUCCAAGCUGAUAUAUGCCCCAAUUCGGCAUGUGCAACCGGAAGUGGUGGGUCAACAUGUCAAGGAGUGCACUGAACUGAAUAAAGAGUUUCCCGGCUUUGUGGUGGGCUUCGAUCUGGUGGGUCAAGAGGACGUGGGUCACCCGCUGAGCCAGUUCGCGGAGGAGCUGCUCAAGCUGCCCGACCACAUCAACUUCUACUUCCACGCCGGCCAGACCAACUGGUACGGGUCGCACGUGGACCAGAAUCUGCUGGACGCCAUUGUGCUGGGCACCAAGCGGAUCAGCCAUGGCUACACGAUCACCAAGCACCCGGUCCUCAUGCGGCUGGCCAAGUACCUUAACAUUGCCCUGGAGGUGUGUCCUGUGUCCAACCAGGUGCUCCAACUGGGCUCCGACUACCGCAACCAUCCGGCGGCCACGCUGAUCGCCGAAAACGUGCCCAUGGUGAUCGCCUCUGGGAACCCGGCAUUCUGGCGAGCAGCUCCUCUUUCCCACGACUUCUACAUGGCCUUCCUGGGCAUCGCACCCAUGAACGCGGAUCUGAAGUUUCUCAAGCGCACCGCCAAGAACUCCAUACGAUACAGCUCCCUGAAGGAUGAGGGAAAGGCCGAGGCCAUGGGGAAAUGGAAGAGAAAGUGGGACCAGUGGGUAGCGAACAUUGCAGCCCAAAAGGAAAAUCAAGAAAAUAAAUAAUUUAAGAAAGAGGUUUGUUUUCCUUUUUCAAUUCGAUCAGUCAAGUACA